UUGGUCUUCUGGGAAGUCAUGGCGUCGCUCAAUUGCAGGACUGCGGUCUGUGUGAUCUGUUUGGAGAAGCCGAAAUACCGCUGCCCGGCUUGCCGCGUGCCUUACUGCUCGGUCACCUGUUUCCAGAAGCACAAAGAGCAGUGCAACUCUGAAGCCCGUCCUGUUGAGAAGAAAAGAACAGUGGCUCCUGCAAGGUCUGAGGAGAACAGAGAUGACGACUCCUCUGUAGCUGAUUUCCUCAAUAGUGAUGAGGAAGAAGACAGAGUGUCUCUGCAGAAUUUAAAGAAUCUAGGUGAAUCGGAAACUUUAAGAAGCUUACUGCUCAACCCACACCUGAGGCAGCUGAUGAUUGGCCUCGACCAGGGCGACAACAAAGCAAAGCUGAUGAGAGCCUGCAUGCAGGAGCCCUUGUUCGUAGAGUUUGCAGACUGCUGUUUAAGAAUCGUGGAACCAUCCCAGAACAGGGAUUCUUAAAACUGGAUGUGCUCUUUGCUCAAGCUGCCCGCUGCUGCUCAGAGGUUGUUUUCAAGGCUGUCGCAGCACCUGUGGGUCUUCCUCCAUCACAUGGCUUGCUGCAGAGCCUCAUGAAGAGGGAACUUGUAGCCCUGGAGUGAUGGAUCAGCAGUUAAGAGCAUUGACUGCUUUUCCAGAGGACCCCAGUUUUCAGCACCACUUGACUACUUAUAACUGUAAUUACAGUUUCAGCAGAUCUGACGCCCUCUUCUGGCCUCUACAGGUACUGUAUACAUGUGUACAGGGAAAACUAUAAUACAUAAAAUACUAAAAAACAAAAAGUUGGCUAUUUAUAUUUAGAUGGUGGUUCUAAAUUUUAUUUCUUGUACAGUUCAGAGUUACAUCAUAAAUACCAAGUGUACUCAUUUGAAUUAAAAACUGAUAGUGUUACUAAAUUUAAGGUGUGGUUCUCUUGACCCUGUUUUGUUUAUUGUUCUUGGUAACAUUAAAUAAAUCAGUUUAUUAAAUA